AUGUUAUUACCGCAGGAUGUUAGCGUCACAGCAUUCGAGGUGUGCAUAAAAGACCUCCCUGGAUUAAUUGGGAAUCACGAACCAAUAACAGUCGACUAUUCCGCUGUAGGAGAUCUUGAUCCAUGUCUGUACGUUACAUGUAAAAUGUUCGCAGUUUGUCGUGCAUUUGGUCCCUACGAUGCACGAUGUGUCUGUGUAACAGAUUGUCCUUCAGUCGAACAAAAUCUCUGCGCUUCAAACGGACAAACUUUCAACAAUGUUUGUUUAUUCCAACUAAAAGUUUGUCAAACCAAAGCAAACUAUACGAUUUAUCAUCGCGGGAGUUGCAGAGAUUUUCCUAUCACAAGAGGCCGAAGAUACGUCGCUGAUGUUCCUAACUGGUCUCGUUCACAUUGCCAAACUGUUAAAUUCGACUUGUUAUCUUUCUAUCCUGACAAGCCUGUUCACGUGCAGAUCAGCGUGAGCCACGUGAAUGACUCGGGGCAAGUUCAUGAAGCCGCAGUAUCGUGGGUAGAAGAUGUGAGCGACACUCAUUUCAAAUUUUGUGUAAUGGAGUCAGGAAGAAAUGAAGGGCCACCUCAUGGAUUUGCUACUGUUGAGUAUAUGGCUUAUCAAGGCGCUCCCAGCGGAGGGUUGGCAGGAUCAAUGCUGAUUCCAGAGUGGUGGACUGGAUCCAAACAAAAGGAAAUUAAUCAGUUCACUUUACCAAAGGGAUCUUUUUCCUCAACACCAACGGUGUUGGCGACUGCAGAACAUCAUCGACUUAGUCUUAAACACGACGCUGCCUCACUUUGGUUGGAAGACGUCACUAGAUACUCAUUUAAAGUGUGCAUGCGUGAAUUACAAAACUUUGAUGGACCUCACCAAGAUAUUUACGUGAAUUGGAUUGCAUUUGAAACUCUCGAACGGCCUAUUUUCACAGAACAAGGUUCCAAUCAUUUCGUUCGGACUUCAAAGAAUCCUUCGUCAAGCACCAAUUAUGCACAAUGCAAGGAUGUCACUUUUGCUGCCAACUAUACCAAACCACCAACGGUGUUGGUUUCUCCAAAGCACAAUACAUCAGGAAAUAAUGUUGAUCCAAAAAACAAUGGAAUCUCCACAUGGAUUGAGACUAUUACAGAUGCGUCAUUUAGAAUAUGUUUUAAAGAGUUACACAGUACCAAUGGUUAUGAUCCUGUUACAAUAUCCCAUGUUGUCUUAGGAGAAAUCUGUGAUUCGGGGUGGAUAUACUUCGGAGGAUAUUGUUAUAAAAUAAAAACUUCGUGUGAAACGUGGAAAAACGCCUCAACAACGUGCAUGGGCUAUGGUUCAACUCUGGCUAGAAUUGAAAAUUCGGAGCAAGACGUCUUCGUUCAAAAUCUUCAUUAUGGAAAGCAGCCAUCUUGGAUCGGAUUGAAUGAUCAAGCAAAUGAAGGGAUAUAUUUGUGGAGCGAUGGCGGACCUGCCUCCUACACAUACUGGGAUCCACAAGUACCCACACCUCACAGCGAGACUGAGGACUGUGUUGAGAUUUCAGGAAAAGAUACGAAAUACCACUGGCAAUCAUCAUCAUGUGACAAUUGUCGAGGCUAUACGUGUAUGAAAGAUUAUGAUGAGUGCACCCAAAAUACCCACGCUUGUGACCCAAAUGCUGAUUGCGAAAACACCGACGGUUCAUAUACAUGUCAAUGCCGAAGUGGUUUUACUGGCAAUGGAAAAGAAUGCACAGAUGUGAACGAGUGCUCCCUAAACUUUUGUGCGCCAAGUGCCAAUUGUAGCAACACAGUGGGCUCCUACACGUGUUAUUGUAGGAAAGGGUAUACCGGUAACGGUCGAAAAUGUAGAGAUGUGGACGAGUGCUCCAUAAAUAUUGACGGUUUGCAAUCUUGUGACUCAAAUGCAGAUUGUAGCAACACUGCUGGUUCCUAUAUUUGUCGAUGUCGAAGUGGUUAUGAAGGUGACGGGUUUUCUUGUCUGGUGUCGUGCGGGAAUCCUGGGUACCCACGUAAUGGGUACGCAAGAGGAAGUACGUAUACUGAAGGAUCAACGGUGACUUUCCGUUGCGAU